UUUCCCCUUUUGCAAUUGGAAAACUUGGAAAAAAACCCAGGGAAGUAUUUUCAGGUACAUGACAUCUGCAGGUAUCACAACAACCACACAUGAAAUAGCCCGUGGGCUAUUGGAAUAAAUUGUGGUUCAUUUAUCAGCACUGCAAACAGCUGUAAUUAAUCAGUGUGUCACCACCACACCAGAGCUCAGGCCUGCCCAAGCCAUCGCCUGUCCACCCUUCCCAGGACGUGUCCCUGCCUGCCAGGGCACUUCUGCCACUGAACCCCAAUUUCCAAAGUUAAAAGGCAGCUCACUCACUGCCACACUGAGCAUCUCUAAUAACCUCAGGAUGAGUUAAACCUUCCACCAACCCUUUUGUGCCCUGCUGAUGCUGGUCCCUGCCCCAGCUGACACAAUAUCAGUAACUGGGUUCCACUGCAGGGCACAGAGCACCAGGAUUUCCCUGGAAACAGUGCUCAGUCACCCUGGAAUGUGCUCCCACAGCAGCCCCCAGGCCCCCAGGCCAACCAGUUCCCACUAGUGCCCAGGAGGGAUGUGCCAGAAGCCCCACUCCCACCCAGCACUCAUUGCACAUAUUUACUGUACCUACACCCAGGGGCAGAGUGGCAAUUACCUGGCAGCUGCCUCCCCUGGUCUGAUGAGCUGUUCAGAGAACAGACACCACAGACACUGUGACCCACACAGAGGUACCUGGUACCUGCUGCCUUUGACAGCUGGGAACAGCAUCAAGAGCUCACUUUGGAAGAAAACACAGAAGGCACUGCACUGGACAUCAGUCCUGGAGCAUUGCAGUGGACUGUGUCACCUUCACACCGUCACUGAUGGGCAAACAGGAGGUGGGCUGGGCAGCCAGGGACACAUCACACUGAUGGCAGUGGCAAGGGCUUCUGUUGGCGGAGGAACAGUGGAUGAUCCGGGGACAGCCACGGAGGCCUCUGCAACAGCUGCUGCAGGUUUGCUCAGUCUAUUUCCAGCGAUGGGAGACCCUGCCAACACGAGCACUGUGGGUUACACCAGCGGAGCUCCCUCCUCCCCCCCGUGCCAGCGCGACACCAGCGUCACCCGCCUGCUCUUCCCAGCGCUGUACACGCUCGUCUUCCUCCUGGGACUCACACUGAACAGCCUGGCUUGCUGGGCUUUCUGCCACAUUCCAAGCACAUCAACCUUCAUCGUCUACUUGAAAAAUAUCUUAGUUUCAGAUCUUAUAAUGACCCUGAUGCUUCCUCUGAAGAUCCUGACAGACUCUGGCCUGGGACCGUGGCAGCUCAAAGCCUUUGUCUGUCGCUUCUCAGCCGUCGUGUUCUAUGACACCAUGUACAUUAGCAUAGUGCUACUCGGGCUCAUUGCUUUUGACAGAUUUCUCAAGAUUGUGAGACCUUUUGGGAAGUUCUGGGUGCAAAACCCGACCUCAGCAAAGAUCCUCACAGGUCUGGUCUGGCUCUUCUUCCUUGUUCUCUCUCUGCCCAACACAAUCUUAUCCAACAAGACAGCGACGCCCCAGUCCGUGAGGAAGUGUGCCUCCUUGAAGAGCUACCUCGGACUCAAGUGGCAUGAAGCCGUCAGCUAUAUCUGUCAGUUCAUCUUCUGGACUGUCCUCAUCCUCAUGUUGCUAUUUUAUAUAAUUAUCACCAAAAAGGUAUAUGAGUCAUACAUAAAAACGCAGAAGAAAGACAACAAAAGGGAAAAACGGAUCAAGGGGAAAGUAUUCAUCAUUUUUACCGUGUUCUUCUUGUGCUUUGCCCCCUUCCACUUCAGCAGGGUCCCCUACACUCUGAGCCAAACAACUGCCCACGUGGACUGUGCCCUGCAGAAGCAGCUCUUCGUGGCCAAAGAGAGCACACUGUGGCUGGCGGCCACCAACGUCUGCAUGGACCCCCUGAUCUACAUGGUCCUGUGCAAGCCCUUCGUGGAGAAGGUGUUAUGCAGGAGAGUAAAGACCCGUCGGAGAGCAUUUUAUAGAAACCCAAAAACUGAACUGGACACACAAGUGUCUCCUACCGAGUCUUGAUUCUGAAGCUGCACACUCUACUCUGCGUGCUCAUAGAGAACUUGGAAAAUAGUUUUGGUUUACCUCUGCUGGAGAAAACAAAAGGGUGGCUGCACUGUAAUAUUAAUACUUAAUAAAAACAGCAAAAUGGGUUUUCUAUGUA